AUGGCUGAAACUGCUGCUCCUGUGAUGGCGACCCCCGCCGUCGAGACGACGACGACAAUGCAAGCUUCGGCCCCAGUCCCACUUUCGUUCCCCGCAAUCCUUCGCAACCCGGGAAUUACCAGUCGUUUUGCGCAUUUGACUGGAGAAACUGGCGAACGCCAGCGCAAGUCCCCAAAGACUUCGUCGUUCAAGAAGCACCGCAGAGACCAGAACGAUGGCAAGCGCUGGGUUAGGCGCAAAGAUAACGCUCAGUUCGUGGGGAAUCCAUACAUCGUACAAGCAACGAGAAAAGACUACAUUAUUCCCCCGCCGCAGAUUAAACCAACAUUCCCGGAACCUCUCCCGCCGUACCUACCCCGCACAGUCAAGCUACCCACGACGCCCGAGCUGCCGCCUACGAACCCCAUCUCAGCCAACGCAGGCCGCUUCUCCUUGAGCCUCAAAGGCAUGCGCAAAGAGCUCCGUCGACAGGGCGGGCGCGCUGAAUCCCUCGUCGUCGAUAUCGAACGUGCGAUCCUCAUUUGGCUUGUCGACGGUGGGACGGUCCUCGCCCCCGGAGCGCAGGAGUUCAUGGGACCCAAUGCUCCAAUGAUGAAUGAGGGUGUUCCAGUUGGGAAUAAUACGAGUAUUGUGGAGGUUUCGAGGACGCCUCUGCAGCUCAUUUGGAGGAUUCCGGAUGAUGCGUUUGCGCGGUACGUCGUCCAUUGCUGUGCGAGGUAUCAUGAAAUAGUUAGUUUCAGCAAAGGGGAGGCUGGAAACCGCUUGACUUACCUCUUGCGACCGAACGUGACUCGACCUGACCGUCGAGCUCCAGCAGGUCUUGAUACACCACCUGCAACGGAUAUCGACUAUUCGUCCAACCCAGAUAUCGACACGGAUAGCAACAUCGACUCUGACUUUAUUUCUGACCGCGACUUGGACUCUGAUGUCGAAGGCGCCGAAAGGGCUGGUAGUACCAACAUCCUAGACUCAAUCUCCGAACGGGAAGGCUCUCUCCCACCCGACUCGCCUCACCUAUCGCCUACGCAAGAUGGGGAUGAGGCGUGGUCACUCAUUGGAGAGACUGAGGCAGACGUCGAGUCGAGCAACGAGUUGGAGGUUGUAGAAGCCGGAGUGGAACAACUUUCCAUCUCACAAACAGCCGGAGAGUCCGAGAUUGACGAAGAGGAUCCAGACAAGACGUUUACAGCGGAUAACAUCCCCCAGGCUAUCCGGCCACUCCACCGACCUUACCCUCUCGGCGCUUCCCCCCGUCGCGUUAUCCGGUCAAGCUCUUCACCCUCAAGGUCCCCUAUUCGCGAACGGAGAAGAGUCCUCGGACCAGUCAUGCCAUUAACCGACACACCAGCUAAACGCACCUUCUACGAAUUCGUGUUCAGAUAA